GUUUGGGAGUAAAAGAUAACAACAGCCAAGAUAACAACGUAUAGAUUCAAUUCUUCAAUUCUCUCUUUUCUUUUGACAUAAAAAUGGCAAACCGUGGUGGUAAUCGUAAUCGUCCAGAAGAAGUGGAUAAUACCAUUAAUUACGUACAAUGUGACGGCCUGGCUGUGAUGAAAAUGGUAAAACAUUGCCAUGAAGAGUCUAGCAACAUGGAUUUGGCGCAAGGAGCCCUUCUCGGUUUGGUAGUUGACAAAUGUCUAGAGAUUACCAACUGUUUCCCCUUCCCCAAAAGUGGUGAUGAAACAAUGGAUGAGGAAAUGUAUCAAUUAACAAUGAUGCGUCGCUUGAGACGUGUGAACGUUGAUCAUUUCCACGUUGGCUGGUAUCAGAGUUCUGAUGUAGGAAAUUUCUUAUCAAUGGCUUUGCUCGAAUCGCAGUACCAUUAUCAGACUAGCAUCGAGGAAUCUGUAGUUGUCAUUUACGACACGCAAAAAUCUGGCCGUGGAUUCCUAUGUUUGAAAGCCUAUCGAUUAACUCCACAAGCCAUUCAAAUGUAUAAAGAUGGAGAUUUUACACCGGAAGCACUUCGCAAUUUAAAGGUUGGCUAUGAGAGCCUCUUCGUUGAGAUACCAAUAGUUAUUAAAAAUUCCCCACUUACCAAUAUAAUGAUGAGUGAAUUGAGUGAAAUGUUGCCGGAAGAGCAAGGACAAAACUUCUUAGACUUGGGUACAGCUUCGGUUUUGGAAAAUCACAUGCGUUGCCUAAUCGAACGAGUGGACGAACUUUAUCAGGAAUCGAUACGUUACAACAAGUACCAACAAAUAGUGUUCAAGCAAGAAACUGAGAAGCACCGCGCUUUAGCUAAACAGGCUGCCGAAAAUGUUUCGCGAAAUGCUAAAGGUGAAUCACCUAUUCCGGAGGAGGAAGUGCUUAGGCAGUUCCGUCCACUGCCUGUACCACCUAGGCUUAAUGCAACCAUUACUUCUGGACAAAUCAACACCUAUUCACAGCAUAUUUCACAAUUUUGCUCGCAGUCAUUGGCCAAACUUUUUAUUACACAAUCUUUACAAAACGCUAAGGAAGCUAAGGACACCAAAUAGGUUCUUCGAUAUCUUGAGCAACUAAUUUUUUAAUACCAUUGGCGUUUGUUUACGACGAACUCGCUUUACAAAUCAGUAGUUUAAUAUCAAAAAAAUUGUAAACUUGUUUAUAAUAGUACGCGAAGUUUUAACAAUUAUAUAUUAAUUGUCGAACAAAAGCCGA